AGCUGCCUCUGGCCGGACUAGGAGAUCAGAACUGGAGGCGUCCAGCGAGCUGCAGCAGCUGGAAUCUGCAUCUGCAUUCUUUCGGCUCCGGGCAGCAGCCUAGAAACAUGAAAGAAUACAGGAAAUCCUGUCUUGGCCACCAUGAAUACCUGCACUAAUUAAGCCGCUGACAAGGUACUGGGUAAACAGCAAGGUAUCCAAAUCCAGAGAGAGCAGAAAUGACCAUGACGGCCAACAAGAAUGCUAGUGCCACCAACAGAGCUGGAGGGAGUAAAGUGCCUCAGGAUACUUUGGAUCGGUGUCAGUCAGUCUCUCCGCCUCCUCUUUUGUCCCCACCCAGAAGCCCAGCCUAUCCCCUCAGUGACAGUGAGGAGUCCUGCCGGUCCACCAGGUUCACCAAAGUUUCCAAUUCGAGGCUGCUCCUCAAGGACUGGAGCAGACGGGGGUCUGCACUGAGAGGCACCUCCGGGCUCCCCUCAGACACAGACUCUCCAAACCACUCUCUAAAAGCUGUGAGCGUUGGCUCCUUGGAUAAAAGGCUGUCUGUUUGCAAGGCUGAGGACCAAAAAGAGACCCCCAAGGAGACUCAGGAUGGGGAUGGAAUAGGGAACCGUCAGCUCACGCGGAGCACUCUCACCUUGGGAACUGCAGCCAAUUUACGGAACAUCUCUCUCAGCAGGGCAAGCAUCCACUCCCAGGCACUGGACAUCAGGCAGAAGAUUACAGAAUGGGAGUGCCGCAAGCAGCUUUCUCCCAGGAUGAGCACACGCGUGGACAAGAGGGACUUCGGGGACAGAUCUGGCAGUGAGGGCUGCCCUAGCAUAUUGCCCUCUCCUUGCAGUGAGAAGACUUUUGAUUUUAAAGCAUUCCGGAGAAUGAGCAGAACAUUUUCCGAGUGCUCCUACCCAGAAACAGAGGAAGAGGAGCUCCCAGACAGAGAUUCCUGCCAUAGGUUGGAAAAGAGACCAAGCAGGAGCGAGGCUCCUUCCAAUGCUUUCUUCAAAGGGCAUGCCAGAAAAGAGACUUCUGCCGUGCUAAACAGAAUACAGAAGAUUGAACAGGCAUUAAAAGAACAGCCUGGCAGGGGUCUCCCUCAGUUGCCAAGUAGCUGCUAUAGUGUUGACAGAGGGAGGAAAAAGUCCAUUACUCUGGGUACCGUGGAAGGUUUGAGUGAGAACGUGAGUGAUAGCAAAGGAGGGACUGUUAGUGUUGAGAGGGAUCCAGACACACCUGCUGAGAUUGAAAAAAGUAAUAAAACGAAACAAGGGGCUACCACAGAUUCUGGUAGCCCUAAGCUGCUCACUGAGAGCCCAGCUAACACAGCAGUGAACCCUGUCCCCAAACCCAAACGCACCUUUGAAUAUGAAGCUGAUAAGAACCACAAAAGUAAACCAAGCAAUGGUCUACCUCCUUCUCCUACACCUGCUGCUCCUCCCCCUCUCCCAUCCACCCCUGCUCCCCCUGUGACCAGGAGACAGAAGAAAGAGUCACGCUUUCACAGAAAGUCCCAAAAUAGAAAAUCCUUUGAGUUUGAAGAUGCUUCAAGCCUGCAGUCUAUGUACCCUCCCUCCCCAACUGAGAACGGUACAGAAAGCCAGCAUAAGUUUGGAUCCAAGAGCACUUUAGAGGAGAAUGCCUAUGAAGACAUUGUAGAAGGAGAUUCACCCAAGGAAAAUCCAUACGAGGAUGUGGAGCUAAAAGGCCGUCACGCAGGCCGAAAAUCCCAGCAGCUCUCUGAGAAUUCCCUAGAUUCUUUGCACAGGAUGUGGACUCCGCACGACAGGAAGUACACAUCACCUCCCCAGCUACCCUCAAAGCCCAGCAGCCAAUCCCUGCGCAUUGGGAACUGGUCCGAGAGGAAGAGCCAUCGCUUACCACGACUACCCAAGCGACACAGCCAUGAUGACAUGCUGCUUCUGGCUCAGCUUGGUAUCCCCUCCUCCCCUUCCAGUCUGAAUGAGGACAGUCUGAGCACCACAAGUGAGCUGCUGACCACACGCAGGGCCAGGAGGAUCCCUAAGCUUGUACAAAGGAUCAAUUCUAUCUAUAGUGCAAAAAGAGGGAAAAAAAGAUUGAAGAAGCUUUCAGUGUCCAAUAUUGAGACAGCAUCACUGCGAGAUGAGAACAGUGAGAGUGAAAGUGACUCAGAUGACCGGUUUAAAGCUCAUACCCAGCGUCUCGUCCACAUCCAGUCAAUGCUGAAGAGAGCUCCUAGUUACCGCACUCUGGAAUUGGAGCUGAUUGAAUGGCAGGAGCGUGAGCUGUUUGAGUAUUUUGUGGUAGUGUCUCUGAAAAAGAAGCCUUCUAAAAAUACUUAUCUCCCAGAAGUGACAUAUCAAUUUCCCAAGCUUGAAAGGCCCACCAAGCAAGUGCGUGAAGCAGAGGAGCGUCUCAAAGCCAUUCCACAGUUCUGCUUUCCUGAUGCCAAGGACUGGAUCCCAGUAUCAGAAUACAACAGUGAGACCUUCUCUUUCAUGCUGACUGGGGAAGAUGGCAGCAGAAGGUUUGGUUAUUGCAGAAGAUUACUGCCAAGUGGAAAAGGUCCACGCCUACCUGAAGUAUAUUGUGUCAUCAGCCGGCUGGGUUGCUUUGACUUAUUUUCCAAGAUCCUGGAUGAGGUUGAAAGAAGAAGGGGGAUCUCUGCUGCCCUGGUUUAUCCAUUUAUGAGGAGUCUGAUGGAGUCUCCUUUUCCUGCACCUGGAAAGACAAUCAAAGUCAAGACUUUUCUGCCUGGAGCUGGAAAUGAGGUGAUAGAGCUUCGGCGUCCGAUGGACUCACGUCUGGAACACGUGGACUUUGAAUGUUUAUUCCAGUGCCUCAGUGUACGACAGAUCAUCAGGAUCUUUGCUUCCCUUCUGCUGGAGCGACGUGUGAUCUUCAUAGCAGAUAAGCUCAACACCCUCUCGAGCUGUUCUCAUGCUGUGGUGGCUUUGCUGUACCCCUUCUCCUGGCAGCACACUUUCAUUCCUGUUCUCCCGUCAUCCAUGAUUGACAUUGUCUGCUGCCCUACUCCGUUCCUGGUUGGAUUGCUGUCCAGCUCUCUGCCCAAGCUGAAAGAGCUGCCUGUAGAAGAGGCUUUGAUGGUUAACUUGGGAUCCGAUCGAUUCAUCAGACAGAUGGAUGAUGAAGACACGCUAUUACCUAGGAAAUUGCAAGCUGCCCUGGAGCAGGCUCUAGAGAGAAAAAGUGAACUGAUAAAUCAGGAUUCAGAUAGUGAUUCAGAUGAUGAGUGUAACACCCUGAAUGGAUUAGUAUCAGAAGUUUUCAUCCGAUUCUUCGUGGAAACUGUUGGCCACUAUUCCCUGUUCUUAACUCAGAAUGAAAAAGGAGAGCGUGUCUUCCAAAGGGAUGCUUUCCGCAAAUCUGUAGCUUCCAAGAGUAUCCGUCGCUUCCUGGAGGUCUUUAUGGAAUCCCAAAUGUUUGCUGGGUUUAUACAGGAUAGAGAACUGAGAAAAUGCAGGGCAAAAGGUCUCUUUGAACAGAGAGUUGAACAGUAUUUGGAAGAGCUUCCAGACACUGAACAAAGUGGAGUAAACAAAUUCCUGCGAGGUCUUGGAAAUAAAAUGAAGUUCCUUCACAAGAAGAAUUAACUCUUUUCUACUGACACAUCAAUCCAAAGACUUUUUAUGACACUGUGCUUGAGACCCUUACAACCUUUCAGAUUCUGGUGCCGGAGGAGAAUAAGAUAAGCUGAAUACAGCUUUAAGUGACUGCAAAUGCUGUUUGACAAUGUGCCAGCCAAAAAAAAAAAAGUUUAUAAUGACUCCUCUUUAUGUAUUUGGACAGAAUUUGUAAAUAAUGUGCUGUAAGCUUUCUUUUUUAAUGAGCAAGAAAAACUGUGGUAAAUAUUUGUAUAUUCCUGAGAAUAACAGGUGCUUCUUUCUCUAGUAUGAAUUGAGUUAUGCUUGGUGCAAAAUGAAUAGCUAAUUAUGUGCAGCUGACUGUCUCAGCAGAACCACUGACUUCGAAGGAUGUUUGUGAGAACUACACUGAUGCCUGAAUAUUGUAAUAAUGAAUGAACUCCAGGGUAUAGAGAGAGAGGUUGUAUGCAAGGGGACUGGUUUUAUGUGACAGAGUUUAUAAUUUUCUCUUGUUUUCCUACUAAUCCAUUCUAAAAGACAGAAAUAACAGGUAACUUUGUAAUAAGCUACUUGGAUCACAACAGAAUUUCUACUUGGUUUGAACUAUGGUCAGUAAAUUUUUUUUUUAUGCAUUCUGCACUGACUGCUAAAAUAUGAGGAAAUCUCUGUUCUUUGACAUGCAAGAUGCAAUAAUUAGGUACAGUACAUCCUUUCCUAAUAUAUAUAUGUAUGUUUUUUAAUAAACUGUGUAAAUAUACCUAUUUGUUUAUGUUCAUUGGAUUCCCUCCAACAUUUCUGCUACUGUCUCAAUAGAUACAGAAAGAGUACAUUUGCUGUGAUUUUUAUUGAAUAUGUUAUAAUUAAAUUAUAAAAUGAAUAAUAUACACCUCUCUCUUAGUAGGAUUGCUAUUUCAUGACAUUUAUUCUAACCUAUUUUCUUACUUGACACUAGAUCACUCAGGAUGUUACCCGACAAUCUAUCUCACCAUUCUAUCAAUUUUAAUCUGGCAACAAAAUCAUCUUUCAAAAUGUUUGUUCAGGUUUAUUCUUUUGAUGGGACAAUAACAUACUAGUUUUGUCAUUAUUAAUAUAAUGGGUUAUAUGUACCCUGACAAGUAAACUUUUUCAUGUUGA